AUGGAAUCCAGCAAGAAGGACAAGGACGGCACCAUCGAGAUCGGAGGCUUCUAUGCCAUCAUCGGAAAGGACCUUCGAGAAUACAAGGUCGAAGUCCUGGGAAAGAGAGUGAGCGAGCUGGAGACACUCGUGUAUAUCCACUACGACGGCACGGAUAAAAGACUGGACGAGUGGGUCGAUAUCAUACGGCUGACACCGCUCAAGGAUCAGAAGAAAGCUACUAUACCUAAAGCAACAGGUGGACCAGCAACUCCAGGCUCCUCGGCAACUGCUGGCAGCCCAACAUCUACGACAGACGCGUCAGAAGCAGGAGGACGGCCGAAACGGAAAGCCAUUAAGGAUGAAGUCGCCGCGCUCCUUGAAUCUAUGAAGCGACCUACAUCCCGCAUGAGGUCUAGCGAAGUAGGUGCAGAUGGGAGCCUCGUCAAACCCAUUAGCCCACAUGGACACGGACACGACCACGACGAGGAAGAUGUCCCUCAAGUCAGGAACGUGGAAUGGAUUCUCUAUGCAGGAUACGACAUUGCGACAUGGUACUACUCGCCAUACCCAGAUGAAUACCAAGACUGCCAACGGCUCUUCAUCUGCGAGUACUGCCUCAAGUACAUCCGGACGGUGGAGAGUUUUAUCACCCAUACAAAGACAACCUGCAAACGCAAACGGCCUCCAGGAACUGUAGUGUACUCCAAGGGGAUCAACAAGAUCUACAAAGUCGACGGCAAAACCAACAAGUUGUACUGCCAGAACUUGUGCCUGCUGGCAAAGCUAUUUCUGGAUAACAAGACGCUGUACUUUGACGUACCUGGAUUCCAGUUCUUUGUUCUGACAGAGACCCGGACCGGGGAUCGAGCCGAUGUGCCUGUCGGCUUCUUUUCCAAGGAAAUCGUUUCCUACGAUGGAUACAACCUCGCGUGUAUCCUGGUCCUCCCCCCGUUCCAACGCAAGUCCUAUGGAAAGGUGCUCAUCGAGUUCAGUUACGAGUUGACAAAGAUUGAAGGAAAGGUCGGAUCGCCAGAGAAACCACUGUCGGAUCUGGGCAAGCUAGGCUACGUCUCGUACUGGAUCACGGCCAUCCUUCGAGAGUUAUACCCGCGUCCCUGGCCUGCCAAACGACCUCCGCCCUCAUUGUUGACGAAUCGGAGGAGGAGCCGCGCUACGUCUUCUGCUUCUGCAACUGGUACUGCAGCAGCGGCAGUAGGUGCCGUCAAGAUGGAGGAGGGCGGUGAUGCUGCCCAUGUGAGUGGAAGUGACGAGUCGUUGGUGGCGACGGGAAAGGUCAAGGAAGAGGAGAACGAUGGAAAGGCAGGACAUAGGGUUUUGACGGAGGCUAUGGAGGUUGAUCCUACUGUGGCUACUGGGCCAACAGGCGUUGCUUCGAGAUCUAAUUCUACAGAGACACAAUCACAGGCACAUGACACCAUGGACAGAGCACCGCAGAAGGACAAGGAGGUUGCAUUCUCGAUUCGAGAGUUGGCGGCAAAGACUGGUAUCAUGGAGGAAGACCUGUUGGAGACGCUUGUGACUAUGGGGUGGAUGUCGCACUGGCAACAGCCUGUUGCGAAUGCUACGACGGCGCCAGCUGCUGUACGGACCGCGAAACGUAACUAUCGUAAGCUGAAGAGGUUCCAGGAGCAGCAGCAAUUGUUUGAGAAGUUCAGUGGUGCACAGCAUCAUGACCAAGAUGGACACGGCCACCACGGGCAUGGGCAUGGGCAUGGGCAUGGGCAUGGACUGUCUCACAUCAGUAGUAGUAGCACGAGCAGUAUUACUACUACUGUAUCGACAUCGAUGACGGGGAUGGUGACGGGAGCGGGAGGAGGAGGGACUGAUCUUGUUCCUGCAAUUGGACCCUUUUCCUCUUUGUCUGAGCUGCCGUUGACAAAUUCAUUUGAUCCUGUUGCGAUCCUUGAGAUUCCGGAUAGUGAAGGCGAGGCAGAGGUAGGCGAGAGUAAUGCUGUUGAAGGAGCUGUAUCAGGAGGCAAGGUUGUAUCAGGAGAUGGAAGUGAGGAGGCAUCUGCACCAGCAAGAGAGGCAGAAAGAGAUGAACCACAGCAACAACAACAGCAGCAAGGGGUGAAGGUCAAGGUCGAAGGUGGAACUGCAGGAGGCUCCUCUACCUCGCCUUUUUCACCCAUGUUCCAGUCACAACACGCGACGGCGCCGCCCUCAAGACCUGUCUUGAAUUCGAGCACGAAUGGCAAGGAUGUGGUGGCGGUGGUGACGAUGGAGAUGGUCAAGGAGUACCAGGAUCGGCACAAUAUCCGAUUGGACCCGUACUUGGACUGGAAUGCGAUCGAUUGGGUCGCUUACCGGUCUACCUUGGAGCCUCAAUAA